GCCUUCCCACUCGAAAAGAAAAAAGAAAAGAAAAGAAAAGAAAACAGAGCAAACAAAUAAACAGACCUAAAAUGAUGGACCUGGGAGAGAAUGUGUGAGCGUGAGGGUCAUGAGUAUGUGUAGAGUGUGCGCGCAUCUCUCUCUCCCUUAUUUGUCUCGGUGUGCGUCUCUCCCAGUACCCUCCCCCUGCCUCAAAUACAUUAUUCCCCCAGACUUGGAAGCCGCUCCCAGAGCUGACGCUUUGAUGGUAUCUGCAAGCGUUUGUACUGAUCUUAUUUCUGCCCCCUGAAUAUUAAUUCCCAAAGCUGGUGGCAAUACAGCUCCCCAGUGACGGGACCUACUAGAGGCAGGUGGGGGGAGCCACCAUCAGAUCAUAAGCAUAAUAAUAAUACAAAGGGGAGGGAUUUCUUCUAAAACCAAGAGACUAGAGGCAGAGGAGGAAAAAAAAAAGCGAUGAGUUCGACAAAUAUAUGGAGCACAGGAAGCUCAGACUACUCGACUCCUGUAUUUUCACAGAAAAUGACGGCGUGGAUUCUGCUCCUGCUAUCGCUCUACCCCGGCCUCACUAGCCAAAAAUCUGAUGAUGACUACGAAGAUUAUGCUUCUAACAAAACAUGGGUCUUGACUCCAAAGGUUCCUGAAGGUGAUGUCACUGUCAUCUUAAAUAAUCUCCUGGAAGGAUAUGACAAUAAACUUCGGCCUGACAUAGGAGUGAAACCAACAUUAAUUCACACAGACAUGUAUGUGAAUAGCAUCGGUCCAGUGAACGCUAUCAAUAUGGAAUAUACAAUUGACAUAUUUUUUGCCCAAACGUGGUAUGACAGACGUCUGAAAUUUAACAGCACCAUCAAAGUCCUCCGAUUGAAUAGCAACAUGGUAGGGAAAAUCUGGAUUCCAGACACUUUCUUCAGAAACUCCAAAAAGGCUGAUGCACACUGGAUAACUACCCCUAAUAGGAUGCUGAGAAUUUGGAAUGAUGGUCGAGUCCUCUACACCUUAAGGUUGACAAUUGAUGCAGAAUGCCAACUGCAGUUACACAAUUUUCCGAUGGAUGAACAUUCCUGCCCCUUGGAGUUCUCCAGCUAUGGCUAUCCACGUGAAGAAAUUGUCUACCAAUGGAAGCGUAGUUCUGUUGAAGUGGGUGACACAAGAUCUUGGAGGCUUUAUCAAUUUUCAUUUGUUGGACUGAGAAAUACCACUGAAGUAGUGAAGACAACUUCCGGAGAUUAUGUGGUCAUGUCUGUCUACUUUGACCUGAGCAGAAGGAUGGGAUAUUUCACCAUCCAGACCUACAUCCCCUGCACACUCAUUGUUGUCCUAUCCUGGGUAUCUUUCUGGAUCAAUAAGGAUGCUGUUCCAGCCAGAACUUCUUUAGGUAUCACCACUGUCCUGACAAUGACCACCCUCAGCACCAUUGCCCGGAAGUCACUCCCCAAGGUCUCCUAUGUUACAGCAAUGGAUCUCUUUGUAUCUGUUUGCUUCAUCUUUGUCUUCUCUGCUUUGGUGGAAUAUGGCACCCUGCAUUAUUUUGUCAGCAACCGGAAACCAAGCAAGGAUAAAGACAAAAAGAAGAAAAACCCUCUUCUUCGGAUGUUUUCCUUCAAGGCCCCUACCAUUGAUAUCCGCCCAAGAUCAGCAACCAUUCAAAUGAACAAUGCCACUCACCUUCAAGAGAGAGAUGAAGAAUAUGGGUAUGAGUGUCUGGAUGGCAAGGACUGUGCCAGUUUCUUCUGCUGUUUUGAAGACUGCCGAACAGGAGCUUGGAGACACGGGAGGAUACAUAUUCGAAUUGCCAAAAUGGACUCAUAUGCACGGAUCUUCUUCCCCACUGCCUUCUGCUUGUUCAAUCUGGUUUAUUGGGUUUCCUACCUUUACCUGUGAAAGAAGUAUGGGUUUUAUUGAUGUGGGUCUUAUUCACUAAAUCUCAUGGAGAGAAGAUGCCCUUUCUAAGUCCACUUUAAUCCCCUGUGUGGUUUAUGAUAAUUUGAAUUUGUUUCUAUGUUCUAACCUGCUAAAUUGUAUUAAUGUCAUUUUGUUUACGCCCAACUCUCCUGUGGUAAGUGUAAUUUGAACUUUAAUGUUUGCUGUGUUUCAAACCUGCAAGGCAAAGUGAAAUUAGAGCAAGAACACUGAAAUCAAACAAGAUAUUUUUCAGCUACAAUGAUUGAAAUAGUGGAAGCCAUGACUACUUACAGUGGUGGUGUCCUUAAUCAAUUCCAAUUACAAUUAGAUGCAAAGGUCCAAAACUACCCUAUGUUCAUUUGGGGGCAGAUUGUAGUAAAUUUGGUCCAUAGGAUAUCUCCCUCAUUUGAAAAAAAUCACAAGUCACUUUAACUAUAAAAGCCUAGACUAGAAAUCUAUUACACCUCUAUCCCAAGAUAGGAAGAAAAUUUCCUCCACAUCACAUGUACAAUGAUGUAAAUAUUUCAAUAGCGUAGAAUGCUUCAAGUUUAAUGCAUGCAUCUCUUUAGAGCCAAAAUAAAUGGAAUGAAGUUAACAUCAUAAAGCAUUGUCUUUUAUUCUGUGUCUUUGGGCUAUAAAAGAAUCAUGAAUGUAAUUAUAAGGGUUUGGGUUUGGAAUUGGAGGGAGGAAUUUUCUCUACCUCCUCCCUCACGCAUGAAGAUUCGAACAGCUUAUUUUUUUUCCAUGUAGGACAUAUUAAAACACUUUCAGUAAAAUAGAAACUAAAUAAUUGACAUUUGCCACCUCUAAAUAUGCCCAAUUUCAUAGAGUAUAAAGUAAUUGUAUGUGCUUGCAGCUAUUUUUUUCUUCCUUUUAGGAUGAUAGAUUAUAACAGAAUUUAUUCUCCAUCUCAAGAUCUGCUUCUAGUGAUUGUGAGUGCCUUGUGGGCAGAAUCCUUGUCAUUUCCUCUUUGGGUCCUCAGCACCUUAUAUAGUGCCUGGCACAUAGCUGGUGCUCAACAGAUAUGGUCUGAAGUGAACUGGCUUCAUAUGCUUCUGUGACUCUCUUGGAGCCAGCUGGAACCAGUGAUUCAUCUUUUCACAUAGGCAUUGUCAAAUGUUAUUUGGUCUUGUGAAAAUUAACAGAAGGAUCCAAAGACCUUUGCCUAAAAUACAUUUUUGAUAAUGAACAAAAAUAGCCAAAGUCCAUACUUAGUCCUAUGUUUAUGAACAUAAAUGGGUCUACUAAGGCAUAAUUAGAGUUUGUAUAUUUUUUUUCCAGGUUUGGGAUGAGUUAGCUUUGACCCAUCUACCCACAAUUUCACUUGAAGACAUGACAGGCAAGAGCAGGAUUCAUACCUGACUGGUGUUCAGAAUGUUGUAUUCUAUGCUCUGUUUAGUACUUUUCUUUUUUCUUUUUUUUUUAAAGAUUAAUUUUUAAAAAUUGAAAGAACAAAUCAAUGACUUACAUGGAGGUUGAAGCUAUGACUGUGGCCUCAUUCAGCUAUGUGAUAAUCACAUGAAGUGGUUGUCCCAGACUUCAAACAUGAUGAGUUGAACUCCACCUUCAUGUACUUAUACUGAAACCUUGUUUUUCUAAAAUAGCGCCCGUUGUCAGUUCUUAAUGGCAAUCAUUUCUCUAAGUUAGAAUUCAAUCACAGCCAGUAUUAACUUGAUAAUCUAAAAAGAAUAGAAAAGAAAGAGUGGCUUUGUUAUAAAACUAUGUAAGGUCCUCAUUGAGUCAUCUGGAUGAAUCUUGAAACACAUUCAGCUGCCAAUUUUACAAACCUUUAAUAUAUCAGUGCUCUAGUAUAUAACCUCAAACACAUGUAAAUAGAAUUAUUUUCAUGUUUUGAAUUAACAUACUUAAUGUUGACUCUUUGGGAGAGUUGUUGGCCAAUUUUCAAUGGUAAGAAAUACAUUAUUGUCAACUUGAAAUGUAUUCUGUAAUGGAGACACUCAAAAAAAGCUAGCUUUCCAAUGUGUGCGUAGUACUGGCAAUAUGAAUAUAUAUUAUAUGUAAUCUAAUUCUUAAUUAUUAGCUGCUCCCCAUCUAUGUAUUUGAAAAAACCUUUUCACAAAGGGAAUUGCCUAAUAUGUGGACUUUUACAAUAAAAAUGCUGCAUUCUAACUGAUGGUGACAUGUCAGUGGUCUGGCUGGACUUGUUUGUUGUUGUAAAGAUUGUGACCCCUGGUUCCUAUAGCAUUCCCCAAGGCUGCCUUCCCUUUCUGCGAGAUUUGUGAGCAGUGUGAUCUUAUUAAUUAUUCAUUCUCACUUCAAAGAAAUUAAGAGAGAUAUUUGGGAUAAGGAAUGGAAAUGGAAGGAAGAAAUGUCACCAAGUAAAGCUCAAACCUCAAAACUUGUGGUGUAGUUAAAAGCAUGGGCACUGGUGCCAGAUAUAAUUGGGAUCCCAACUCUACUAUUUACCUGUUUGACAAUUGUUAGUUCAUCCUCUAUAAGCCUCCAUUUUACCAGCUAAAAGGUAUAAUGGUGCCACCCCAUGUAGUGGCACUUAGCACUCAACAAGUGGUCAGAAGUGUCUUUCUUCAUUUCCAGGGCCUCUGAUAUUCUGCUGCCGUGAUCCCCCCACCUCCAUCAGAUCAGUUUUCCUUAAAAAAUCCAGCAAUGCUCAUGUAUGUCUUAAUGUAAUUCUACAGAAUGAGGUUUCAUUUUUAAGGAGUAUUUGUAUUGCAAACAGUCCUUUAUAUUUGAAGAUCUGAGACUCUCUUGUUGAGGAAAUCUUAUGCAUUAGCUACUUUUAAGGCCAAAGAACCUUUCUCUGUACCCCCCAAGCUUAAAAAAACAUACGGAGACAUGCUCCAAAGACAGUGUCAUAUUUUAUUGAAGUCCUUUGAAAUUCUCGAAAGUAACGUAAUCCUUUGCAAGCACAGCUGCCCUAACCUUCCUCUGCCUGUCAUUCUCUUGGCUUUUCAUGGCUGCCUGCAUCCAAUUUAAAGAUCUCUUUCUCACCUUUCAGACAUUAAAAAAAAAUAGCUUUCACUUGGGUUUUGUCUUCUGUCUAACCCAAUGCCCUUAUCUUUAGCUGAGUGCAUAUUCAUUGUAUGGCCUUCAUCCCCCUUUUUAAGUCUCAAUAUUAUUCUGACUUGUAACAACAAUUUUU